CGUGGACGAAUGUACUUGUCCUGGUUCUGGCGAAAGUGCCAGCCAGCCAGCCAGCCAGUGCUUUGGUUCUCCUCUCCUUUCUCGGCUCCCACUGCGUAGCUCAGAGUAAAAGUAGGCUGGCCAGAAGUCCAUCUGGAAAGCCUCUCAAAUCCCGCACUUUCUACCCCGCUUUCGGCCUUUAUAUGCAUUGUUUAUUGGCAAAACCAUCUCAAACUUGAAACAGUUAUCAAUCUAGAGAUUUUUAGCCUUCCAGUUAACACUUCAGUAUUGGACGGAACUAGCGCAUCUGGCAACCUGAAUAUCUUUGGCUUGAGCUUGAUGUGGUCAGCCUUGAAAUCUCAGGCUGUUGUGAAGUGUUUAGCCUGGCGGAUUGAUGGCACUCUGGCCUCGUUUGGGGUCUCUCGUGGGUUGAAUCCGAAAGGCUGACCGUCACAUCCGAGUAGCUCAGACCUUUGCAAGUGUAGGGCGUUGCUUUGGCUUCCUGUCCAGUGCUACGAUCCCCCGUUACCCAGUCACAGCCUUUUGCCAGCUUGAAUCUGAAGCCACCGAUCAUUGACUUAACCGGAAGAAAGGAAAAGUAAGGCCCACCUCAGCCCGAGAUGAGCGGCUGUCGCCUCCGUUGGACUUGAAGACACGCCCAUUGCGUCGAGUAGGAGUCGUUUGAGUGCCUAUAAAGGCUUCUGACUCAAAAUGCGACGGAGUCGACGUCAGGUGAUUGAAAGCGAUCCCGAAGAUGAGGAUGUGCCCAUGGAUAUCCCAGAGUUGGCGGGACCCUCGCCUGUUGCUCCUCAAUACAAUAUGGAUACGGAUAUCUCGAAGCUGGAGGCCCCCACUUUUACCACCUUGGAUCGGGGCCCGUCCAAGACCAUGAUCAAUUUGGAUUGGGAUCACAAGCUGAACUUGGUGGGACAGAAGGUGGCUAAUCCCAUGAUUCAUUGUUGCGAUCAAUGUCUCCAGCCCAUUCUCAUCUACGGACGCAUGAUCCCGUGCAAACACGUGUUUUGUCUCAAAUGUGCCAAGCUGAGCUACGAGCGCAGUACGGCUUGUCCCAGAUGUAAUGACAAGGUCAAUCGGGUAGAACAGGCCGGCCUUGGGUCCAUCUUCAUGUGUUCGCACGGGGGCUCACAGUAUGGUCAUACCGGCUGUCGGCGGACUUACCUCUCUCAACGAGAUCUACAGGCGCACAUUCAGCAUCGACAUAUGAAGGCCGCAUCUAAGGCCAAUGUCAAUACGCUCGGCCCUGUCUCUGGAGCCGCUUCCGUUGUGACUUCAGCCCCCUCGGCUUUAACCGCCAUGACCUUGCCCGAGUUACCUAGUGCAGCCGUGAUCGCCGAAGCCACGGCCGCUUUGGUGAGCGCGCGGAAAAAGACCGAGCACUCAGCGCCGCUGAGUCGGACGUUCGAAGGUGGCUACCCGCCUUCUCAAAGCCCUCAUCACCGAGUUGGUGGCAAGGCCGUGACCGGUAAUGUGUUGUCGGGCUCGUCAGCUCUGUCUUCAUUUCAGUCACCGCCGCCCACUCUAGGCGGGGCCAUAAGUCGGACUUCUUACGCCACUGCCGGAGUGACUUACACGAGCGGCAGUGGCCAUCACUCUCAACAACCGCAACAGCAACAACAAAUUUCCGUGAUAAGUUCAAGUAGUGGGGUGGGUGGUAACCGAUCUUCAAACCUGAUUACCAUUCCCAUUCAAGAGUCGGGCAGUGGAGCCUCACCUUCUUUUGUGCCCCAUGUAGCCAAUAAUGGCGACCGACGGACGUCUGAGUUCUAUGGUAACAAAGGUGGGGGUGGGGGGAAUGUAGCUGCCUACGGUGCGGCCACAGGCUCGUCGUACUCUGGUCAGAGUGGAAGCUACGUGCCUCCGGCGGGAGGUCUGGGCAACAACGGCAGUAGCAAUGGAGCGCAUUUCUCACAACCUCCUCCCAACUUUUAUCACGUCCCGCCGCCUCACAAUACCAAUGGUGCCACAAACACGGCGUAUGGACAACAAACAACUAGUGGAUAUCUCCAGGCAAGUGGAGGUGGUAAUCCGAGCAGUGGUGGGGGUCCGGACUCUUGGACACGCUCAGGCGGGUCUUCCGCUAAUUCCACCGGGUCUUCGAACUACUACCGACGUUGAAUAUGAACUCUGAGAGAACACCUCUGGGCUUGGUUGUCCACUUCAUGGUGGCCAUGGUUAUUGACGUCCCUGAUUCGUUUCUAAAUGUUUCCCCGCAGUAUCGGAUGCUCAGAGUCGAUGAGUUUUGAAGGCGUUUGCGAAUUUAGGUAUCCGGUUCAGAAAUCAUUGACAUGAUUGUUAUUCAUUCUAAACAUAAUACACCUCAAAUUUCGAAGGCUC